UUAGUAAAAUGAUUGUUUGUGACGCUGACAUAUUCGAUGAAGUAUUUAUGCACAAGGACUUGAUGCCACUCUCCUGUUUUCAUGUCCAUUCAGGAUAUACCCAGGUCCUAAGAGUCUUCAAAUACAUGCUGAAGUAUAGCUCUACUCUCAGAAGAGACCAUUACCAUUUGAUUAGUAACAUGUUCCGUAACCACGCCAGAGAAGAUUCUUCAAGAUGAAAUUACUUAGUUAAUUAUGGGGCAAGAACAGCCCUAGACCUCUGGUUUCAGGCUAAAGACUAUCCUGAGGGUAGUGAAGUCCUUAUGACUGCCAUCUCGACUGAAGGAACUAUAGGGAUUGUGAGAGGGAAAGGUUACCCUAACAGAAAAGAAAUGAAAAUUGUACCAGUUGAUAUCCAAUGGGAAACAUUAGGUCCUUCUUUACAUAACAUUAAGGAAAGAGUUACAGAUAAAACUGUCGCGUUAAUUCUGACAUAUCCUUAUGGUGUAGUUUAUGAUAUUAAAAAUAUCUCUAAAUUUUGCAAACAGCAAGGAAUCGACAUAAUUGAAGAUGCUUCUGAAGCGUUUUCAUGUGUUUCUACCCCAGGAUCCCCUUAUGCCGACUUGACUCUAUUAAGUUUUGGGAUGCUCAAGCAUUAUUCUGCAUUCGGAGGAGGAAUUUCAGUAAUCAGAGAUAACCAAGAAACCUUCCAGAAAAUGCUGGAAAUCGAGCGAUCAUACAAAAAGGAGCGAUCUUUCUUUUACCUUACCAGAGUGAUUAAGGCUAUUAGACUGAUGACAUUACUCAAUUCUGGGGGAAAUUUCUUCAUCAAAAUGGCUAGGACUUUACAGCAGUACAAAAUACUUCAUUAUAACAGAAAGCCAAUUUGGAAACUUCGUCAAAGAAUUUCCCUUCCUUGCUUACGCCUUCUAUAUUCUAGACUAAACGAUAUCGAUCCUGUUGAAGAUUUGAAGAAAUAUGACAAAUUAUUAAAAUUUGACUUCGGUGGGAUUAUCCCAGGAUGUCAGGCUCUUAAAAGCAACUACUACCUCUACCCAAUUAUUUUCAGAGAACCUAAGAAAAUUAUCGCUGCUUGAAGAAUGAGAGGAAUACAAGCACUCAGAGGAACAGAAGUUCACUGCAUCAUUAGGGACAAAUAUAGCACAUCUGACGAGGAAGAUCCGACUCCUGAGGCAACUAGGAUCCUAGAGAACAUCAUUCUCCUUCCGAUCAACAAAGAAACGUCUGAAGACAACAUCAGGAAGGUGUACCUUGAAGUCGUAGAUGCAGUUAUAGCUCUUAACAGAGGGUUACAGAUAGACCCGAUGAGAUUCAUUGCUAAAAUAUAACCCUAACUUAUCAAUUAAUAAAAUAGA